UAAAUUACGAUACAAUAAAUAAACGCAAUUGUUAAAGUGAGAAAGAACUUUGACAUCAUCUGACAAAAUGACAGCCUUAGAUGGUGUAAAAAAGAAGUACCUUUAUAUUUGUUUAACACUUUUGGUAAUGUUGAAGACAGCAAUGUCUGGGUCAGUUGAAGCUAUUACAAGAAAUAAAGAAACACUUGUUAACACAACUGCAGAAUUAAGUUGGAGAGUGGAAUCUAAUCAGCCAAAAGAAACUUUAUUUGGUGUCCAAUUGUAUGAAGCUGGUGUGGUAGUAAUAGAUGACAAGUCUGGAACAGUAACCGAGGCUGGUAAAAGAGAAUUUGGUGGUCGAUUAUCAGCAAGCUUUUUAAAUGGUAUAUAUAAAAUGUUCAUCAAAAAAAUCCGAUACAAUGAAGUAAAGUCUUUUACAUUAUUAGCUGUAUUCAGCAUGGCGUCAGGUGUAACUCGUGAAAAUGAUACUGCAACUAUCACGAAUGUUAAAGGUGGUCCUAUUUUUUGUGGUGCAAAUAUAUCUAAAAGCUACAAUGUGAUUGAAGGAAAAGCACUGACUUUACAACAAGAUGUUUGUGGUAAUCCUCAACCAAAUGUUCAGUGGAAAAUGUCAAGCGACAGUACAUAUAUGCCAACCGAAAGUUAUGUUUUGAUAGAAAAUAUGACAAAAACUUACCGAAACACAUUUACAACAAAAGCAUUAACUAGAACAAAAUGCGGUCACAUAGUAGAUUUUCGUGCCUUUGGCAGCAAUGGUAAAGUAAUUGGACAAACGAUGAUCAACAUCAAUUUUACACCAGCAGUUGCAACUGCCAUAGCAUAUUACCAUCAAGAUAAUUGUGUCCAUGUGAAUUGGAAAACAGAGGAUACUGGAAAUUGUAAAGUAACAUAUCAACUCACUUUUAAUACUGCAAAUACGUUUGAAGUAACUGGUAAUACUUUUAAAAACUGUUCCCAAGUAAUACUAAGAACCACAUCUGUCAACAUCAGAGGGAUAUACAAGAAUCAACGUGGAGAUAAAAGCGAGGAUGUUUUCUCAUCAACCAUACCACCGUGCCCACCACACAAGAUUUAGAUUAAAUAUAUAAAUAUAUUUUGUCCUCCUUUCAACAGAUUGCUCAGAAAGCACCCCAAAACGAUUUCAAAUUAAAAACUUUAUUUCUACUAAAUUUAUUGUAUAGGGUUUAUAGUGGCACCAUUUCUACUUUUUAGCUUCACCUUGUAUAUUGUUACUUUUAAUACCUAAGAUUUCCCUAGUAAACUUUUCCUAAA